GUUGGUCUAUAUCAUGUGCCGAGCACAUGCUGAAGUCGACAUUAUAACAGAACCUCGACCAGGUGAGGAAUACGUGUUAGUUAGUUCUGGUCCGCAGACUCCUAUAAGAAAUUUUGAAACCUCACAUAAAAUACCAGAGAAACACCCACAACACCGCAUACUUCAAUCUGAAGAAGGAAACGAAAAAAUUACGAAGAAACUUCAUAGCGGUAAAGUUAAACAACCCACUGAGGGAAUCGUUGCUAUCGAGGAGGACAAGAAAGAACCUAUUAAAAAAAGUCAGAAAACGAAAUCCUCGGAAACUAUAGAAGUUGAUGUACCUGUAUCCAAAUUGGAGGAAAUCAAAAUAAAAGAAAAUUUUAAGGAUGUAGAAACCAAUCCUAAUAUGGCUGUUGAUCUGGAAACAAUGGCGGAAUCUGGAAAACUGCUAAAUACAGCCGGGAGUACUACACAGAAACCAGUAUUGACAACUACCCCACCAGCUGCUAACAAAGGUUUUGAUUACAUUCCCAUAAAUUUCGAUACUAUCGACGAUAUUAAUAGUGGUCUUUUGUCAUCAAACGUGAAGUUGGACACAGCCGGUUCUGAACAGAAACAGCACUCGCGUAUCCAGAUCAAAAAGGGACCCAAUGGUCAGGAUUACGAAUACGAAUAUGUUUACUACUAUUAUGAUGAAGAGGAUGGUCAAAAGGAGAACAAAGAUAAGCAAUCUUCGACAACUGUCGCUCCAGUACAUAAUUCACAUGAUGGCCCCCAGAAGACAGAAUCCGACAAUCAAAUAGCAAAAGAGACUAAACCAAAAAGCAAAUACAGUACUAUCGACAGAUCUAGUACGACUACAGUGGCCACCCCCGAGAUUCAGAAUGAGGUUACUCCCACCCCGAGCAGAGGACGCUCCCGCGGUCGCACCGUUGCGCCUGCGCCAGUUGAAGAAGAAAUCGAAGAAGACAGAUUGCCAUCCAGCACCCGGUUCCCUCCCCGCGGUCGCAAUUUGGCCGCAUCAUCUUCGACGACUUAUGUACCCGAAGUAUCAUCGGAAACGGCGAAAAACCGCGGUCGCCCUCAACCUGACAACGUCGCUGACGAAUCCAUUGGUCAGACAAGGAGCAGAACUCGUUCUCAUAUCAGGCGACCUAGUUCAGAGUUAGUUGAUUUGGACAGUUUCAAAACGCACUCAGCAGAUAUUCCUUCACAAUACAGAGAUAUACCAACCAGAUACUCCUCUGAAAGCAAAACAACCACUGAACUUCCUGAAGCUUUGUCGACAGCUAAAGAGCCCUCACACACCAAAGAUUCUGCACGCGAGGGCCAUAGUUUGCCGGGAGGAGUUAGGUUCCAAGAAAUAUUAGAUGACUCCAAACUUCCUGCGGAUUACAAAACGACAACAUCCACCGAGCAAGAUACUACAGAAUACACAACGAUGACUGCGAUGGAAAAAGUCGCAUUAGAUUUGUAUGCGUAUUUGGCAAGAGAGAAUUUGAAUAAUGAGGUCGGCGACCCUGUAAAUUUCGACGGCACAACUACUGUUGACGAUGAAGUAUACACUACGGAGGCUAUGAGCACGGCCGAGGACGCAACCACGACGACCACCACGACCACGACAACAACUACUACAACGACCACCACACCGACGCCAACGACUACAACUACCAGCACAGCGGCACCUGGUCGUCCAUUGAGAUUCAAAGGUGGCCGCGGCGGCGCUAGAAACCGUGUUUCUACUACAUCUACUGCUACUGAAGCACCUCUGGAAACAUCAACAAGAGCACGAGGUCGGUUCAGCAAACCCACGAUAGGAGGCCGCAAGACUACAGCGUCGACGCCCGAGGUGUCGACGGCCACUCCUGCUGCAGAAAAGCCAGUCACACCCAAG